AUGGAUGCUCAGGAUCCUCUGCAGAAGGGCGACUCCUCUCUUGCGAUCGAACACGGGGACAUCAGUCUCAACAACCUAGCCGUGGAUCCGAAUACUCUCGGCGGUGUUCUUCGGGACUUUGACCUUUCUCGGAUCCGCGACAAGAACGUGGAUUCUGCACCGCAGGGCACGGAGAGGACAGGGACGGUGCCUUUCAUGGCACUGGAUCUACUCUGCGACGAAUAUUGGGAAGGGAAGAUCGAGCGUCUUUACCGUCACGACGUGGAGUCAUUCGCUUGGGUCAUCAUGUACCUCGGCUAUACCAACGACGAGACACUCGAACCGCUACCGGUGGUCGACUGGUACACGUCUGAUUACGAGGAUUGCCGCCGCGGGAAGCAUAGUUUCUUGUUCAGAUCGAGGAAGAUGGUGAAAGACUACUCCGCGCAUAUGGUUUACGGACCGCAACCGUGGCGUUUGGCGAGGGUGCUCGUGGGCUGGGUCAUCGCCGUGGAAGCCGGUAUGACGCUAGACCAAGCGAUGCAACUUGGGAGCACAACGACAAUAGCUGACAAUUCCCGGGAGGAUAUGGAGGCGGACGGAGCGCGAGAAUGCACGGAGUUGUUGAACGUAUUCGCAAAGCACUUCAUGGAACACCUGGACCUGCGGUCGGAGCAAGCUUUCAAUGAGUGGCUCAAGUUACCUGCCGACGACGCCUGCAGGCGGUUCCACCAGGAUCGAGAAGCUAAGCAGCUACGGGGCAUGAAGAAGUAG